GAGUAGCAUAUAUCCGUGGUCCGUGGAUACAAUGUGAAACAUUACACCAUGCUUCAACUUGCUUCACCUAUUUGACUAAAAAAUCUACUUUAAUUUCCUCGCCUUUUUCACGAGACAGAUUUGUCACGGAAUUAAGUGAAUAGUGCGAGUGACAGCGCGCGGCUUCCGCGAACAUUGCUUACUCAUUUCUAUUCUAUAAAUACUGCAACAUUGCUUCCUUGUCUCUCAUUGCUUUUCAUCAUUCAAGGAUUCAUUUACGCUAAUGGCUGCCAAGGAAGAUUUCCACGAUGGACUACCACCAUUGAUCAAAGCUAUCACUGCAAAUGAAGUUGAUGGUUUUGAUAGUUUCAGAGAACAUAAGGAUUUCAAGUGGUGUGAAGAAACCGCUUCAGUUUUGGAAAUCGAGGCAGCAAGCAUGGAGAAGGAAGGCGAAGACAAAGACCCACAACAGACGCGUUUCAUCAUCUCCAUCAGUAUGCCGCCUUCUCCAGUUGAAGCUAAUCGAGUCUUGUUCACAAGGGAUGAUGAACAAAAACCUCAGCCCAAAGGGGUUAAAUUCCAUUCUCAACCGAUGCCCAAACCUUGUGCAAUCAAUCCAGUUUACGACAAAAGAUUCGACUCUUUCAAGACGUGGUCGGGAAAACUCGAGCGACAGUUCUCAAAUCUACGCAGCAAACAAUAUCGCCAAACCGAGCAGCCGCCGUCGCCGUCGCCGGAGUUUGAAAAUUUGCCCGUACACCGAUAUUUCGACGCUUUGGAGGGCCCAGAACUGGACACUCUACGCGCUUCUGAGGAAAUACUUCUACCAGACGACAAGCAAUGGCCGUUCCUCCUCCGCUUCCCCAUCUCCUCCUUCGGUAUCUGCCUCGGCGUCGGCAGCCAAGCCAAGAUGUGGAAGAAUCUCUCAUCCUCCGCCACCGCCUUAAGCUUCCUCAACGUCACUCCUCACAUCAAUCUCGCAUUAUGGCUCAUCUCCGCAGCUCUCACCCUCACCGUCGCCAUCAUUUACGCUCUCAAACUCAUCUUCUACUUCGAGGCCGUCCGGCGCGAGUACUACCACCCCGUCCGCGUCAACUUCUUCUUCGCCCCUUGGAUCUCCCUCCUCUUCUUAGCACUCGCCGUUCCGCCCUCAAUCGCUCAAACCCUGCCGUCGUAUCUGUGGUACAUUCUGAUGGCUCCCAUCUUGUGCCUCGAGCUCAAGAUCUACGGCCAGUGGAUGUCAGGCGGCCAGCGGCGGCUGUCCAAGGUUGCCAACCCCUCCAACCAUCUGUCCGUGGUCGGGAAUUUUGUGGGGGCUUUGCUGGGAGCUUCCAUGGGGCUCAAAGAAGGGCCCAUCUUCUUCUUUGCGGUUGGAAUGGCUCAUUACAUAGUGCUGUUUGUGACUCUUUAUCAGCGGCUUCCGACGAACGAGACGCUGCCGAAAGAGCUCCACCCCGUUUUCUUCCUCUUCGUGGCGGCGCCCAGCGUGGCGUCCAUGGCCUGGGCUGAGAUUCAGGGCUCCUUCGACUACGGAUCGCGCAUUGCAUACUUCAUCGCCAUGUUCCUCUACGUUUCGCUGGCUGUUCGAGUGAAUUUCUUCCGAGGGUUCAGAUUCUCGUUGGCGUGGUGGGCUUACACGUUUCCGAUGACGGCCGCUGCGAUAGCGACGAUCAAGUACUCGAGCGUGGUGACAUGCAGAGCGACGCAAAUCUUUGCCGUGAUGCUCUGCAUUGUGGCGACGGUGGCGGUGGCGGCGUUGCUUGGGAACACCGUGAUCCACGCGUUGGUGCACGGGGACCUCUUCCCCAACGACAUGGCUAUCGCGAUCAGCAAGAGGCGGCCUAGACGGCGGUGGUACCACAAGAAAUCGGGCAGCUCUGACAGCAGCAUCGAGCAGUACCUUAAGUAUUCGGAAUCGGAUGGGAAAGAUGUUGAGGCUGCUCUUCAUUCUUCUAGCCCUAAUACCCAAGAUUAAUCAUACUCUGUUUAUCAAGUGAGGAGAGUUUAAUUUCCGGUGACCUUGAUUUGGUUGUAUAUUUCAAUUCAUACUCUCUGUCUCUGCUUUAGAAUUAUAAUUAAUGUCUUCAAAUUGUACAGAAGCAAAGACGCCCUCGUUUCUCUUUGCACUACACCAGAUUUUGUCAAUUCGUUGUAUUGAAUUUGUGUUAGUUAUCUUCAUUAAUUUAAGCUGUAGAUAAGGAAAGUUUUGUAAGGGGAGCGGAGCAUACUACCAUGAAACAACAAGAGAUUGGAUUCGAAACUCUAAUAUAUCCAAGGUUCGCUAUUGAAAUAAUUUCA